CAGCGCCACUGCCUGAUGAAACUGACCCCUUCUCUGUCGCCCCCUGGUGUCCAGGCGCAGGAUAGCUUGAGCUGCCAGUUUAGCCACCUGGGCAUGGUCCAGCGGCAGCCCUCGGGCGAGGGCCCCGACCCGCACACUGCCAUGUACCCCUCCUCCGUGGUGGUGCAGGCGCCCCAGCAGCCCAGCUACGUGGUUGGCCCGCCCGGACAACCAGUCCCGCCCCCGUCAGCCUACCCGCCCAAUCACGCGCCACCACCGCCGCCCGUCAACCAACCAGUCAUGCAGCAGCAGGGCUACAUGACACAGCCCAUGCAGCAGAUGACUGCGUGCUACUGUGCUCCAGGGCAGUACCCACACUCCAGCCAACAGCACUACCGGCCCGUCACACCCCUACACUACAGCGGCCCUCAGAGCCAGCCCCAGCACCCUCAACAGACAGGUUACCAGACUGUGAUGCCAAAUCAAGCUCCUGGCUACCAGAGUGUAGUGGGAGUGCAACAGCCUCAGAAUCAAAGCCUGGUGAGCAGCCAGCACAGCAAUAUGGGCAGUCAGAUGCAAGGCAUGAUGGUCCAGUACCCUCCAAUGCCAUCCUAUCAGGUAUCAAUGCCCCAAGGAUCUCAGAGCAUGCCUCAACAGACAUAUCAGCAGCCAAUCCUGAUCCCCAGCCAAGGCAACCAGGGGCACAUGCCCUCGUCAGGCAUGCAGGUCUACUAUAGUGUGCUUCCGCCCAAUCAGCACACCACCAUGAGCUCCACAGUGGGUUUCCUGCCCCCGCCGGGCUCUGAGCAGAUGCCGUUCCCCAGGCCCACGUCCCCCUGCAGUUCACAGCCAAUCCCGACGCAGCCCUGCUCAGGUGUGCAUGCGCCCCCUCCGAGCGGCAGCGUGGUGAUGAUGCAGCUGACGGUACCCCAGUCCCACCAGCCGCGAGCCCUCUCCCCUCAGCAGUGGAAGCACAACAAGUACUACAGCCUGGACCACCAGCGCAGCCUCAAGCUCCCCGACAACACGCCGCACGACACCUCACAGGGCAGCCCCCAGCUGGGCAGUCCCUCCAGCUCGCCUGCGCCCCCCUCCCCCACCCCGGCCCACCUGGCCAACAUGAAGAACGUCCGUCCCAGCCUCGCCCCCCUUCCCAUCAUGCCUCACUUCUCCCGACCCUUCGUCCCCGGCCAAGGUGACACACGGUACCCUCUUCUUGGGCAGCCCCUACAGUACAACCCCCCCAUAAGGCCCCCUCUGCUCCACGGGUCACACAUGGUUCCCAACCACCAUCACCCCCACCAGGGCCCUAUGGGUAUCCGGCAUGGCGGUGGGCGGGGCAGGAAGCCGACGCGGAAGGCUCUCUCCACUGAUCUCAGCUGAGCGGGCGUGUUCUGGAGGUGACGGCCCUGCUGGAUUGGCUGAGCCGUGGCGAGGUGGACUCCCUGCUGGGCGAACUGACUCGAGCCGGAGCCGCCACAAGAUGGCCGCCGCCCCUGCCCCUGCCCCUGCCCCCGCACCUGCCCUCAUCUCCCCCCUCCCUACUCCCCCUUAGCUCUGCCCAGUGGCCCGCACGUCAGGCCCUCGGGCGGCCACCCACCACCACCCCAACCUCCUCCACGGAUCCCCUCCCCCGGCCCAGAUCUUGGCCGCGGCCUACAUCAUCCUGUUCUGUUACUGUUUGCGUGGCGCCACUCCAUCCCCCCCACUCCCGCGGCCCAGAAUGCCCUGCUCAAGCACAACAGCUCGCCCCUCAUCGCCAGCUGCCCGCCGGCCACGAACUAGCAGGAGACGCGUCGACACACACGCCCUGCAGCGAUCCGGCUCCCACUGAGGAUCGGGGGGGGGGGAUGGGUAAACUCAAACACACACACACACACACACUCACAAAUCCCCCACCCUCACAUCGCAACUCCCCCUCCUUCUGACACCGCCAUGGCCUUGGCCUCAGCUGACACACACACACACGCGCGCGCGCGCACACACACACACACCUCUCAUCUUGUACCCACUGUUGGCCACACACACACACACACACACAGACACAGACAGCACGCAUACACAAUGGGAUUUUCACUCAAGUUAUAAGGGACUAUUUUUUCGGGGGGGGGGGGGGGGGGGGGUGUUGUAUUUGUAAUGUUCUCUAAAGAAAAAGCUGGGGGAGAAAAAAUCUGCCAUCAGACAAGGUAAUAUUUAUACACACAAAUACACCGAAGAACACACAAUGAAGUGACAAAAUAUUAUCCCGUCUAUUUUUGUUUCUCCUUUUCCUCACUUUUAAAAGAUUUGACCAGGACACAUCACAAAAAAAAUGGGCAGCCGCAUGUAGUUUCUUUUCCUUGAUAUUAUGAUUAUUUUUAUUUUUGUUUUGUAUGUGGAAUCUCCGUGCCAGACUCAAAAAGACUUUCUCAGCUGCUCUGCCGUGCCCCCUCCCCCUCUAGUUUCAACUCUCAUUUCCGGACUCCUCCCUUUAGAUUAGAAUUUUUCGUUCUCCUCAUCCUCUCUUGCUCUCAGUUUUAAAAAAAAUCACAUUAUUAUUCCUCUUUUCCUGUAACGAAGGGGGCCGCCGCAUCGGCUUGCUUCCCUCACACAGACGCCGGUCUCUCUCUCUCGGGUUUUGGUAAAUCCAUCACAGCGGUGCGUGAAAUAACCAUCAACUUGCCAUGAGAACAUCUCACGCAACAGAAUCAAUCACUAUUAAGCUUUUGUUCUUUGUUUUCCGUGCCUUCUAAACCACAUCUCUGCAGAUCUAUCCUGACAACGUGGAACACACGCGUUGCCAAUUGGUAAGAGGAGGGGGGAAAAUAACAGCCAGACUCCAUAAAUAGUAAAUAAUUUAUUAUAGUAUCUGAAUAAUUCAGUCACUCUCUCUUCACGGUGAAUGUCAUGCUGGUAACAGGCACAAAUGGGAGUGUGAAUGACUUCUUGGUUUCAGCAUUUUUUUCUGUUUUGAUAUUUUUAACCUAAUUUAAAAUCAUAUAUAUAUUUUUUUUUUUGCAUUUUUCUGCAGUCUUUAAGCGUUGUGCCCCAACCUCUACCACCUGUUCCCUUCUCUGCUCCUCUCGCGCACGGCAAAGACUUGAGUUUAAAAGGGUUCCUUCACCUUCCCCACAUUUUUAUAAGGAAAAGAAUCAUCCCAUUUUCAAGGUUCACUGGAAAAAAAUAACUGUUUGCACAUUUACGCAAUUCCACCUCCCUCCCCUUGUUUUCUUUUAUGUUUGUUGAAGAUGCGUGGACUCUGAAAGGCUGUAAAAUGUUUGCUGGUGCAAGUUGUUUUUAUUUCAGUUUGAAACCAAUAAAUGUUUACACCAAAA